AUGGGCAAAUCCCAAUCCAAAUUAAUUCAAGAAAGUAGCAAUAUGGUACAUAAAAUUUCGAAAAAAACAAAACAAUCUUAUUCUGAUCCGGCUGCGGAUGCUUCGAUAAAAGAUCAAUUAGAGAGUUCAAAUCACAUUCAAAUUUUAUCCACUGCCUCGAAUAGGACCCAAUCGAUGGUAUCAUCCACCUGCAGUACGCUUGGCUCCCAUUGUAUAGAUGAACAGAUGAUUAAAUACAUAGGCGGAAGAAAGUUCUUAGUUUUAGAGGAUGCAAGAUAUAUACUACCUUUUGACGACGAUGAACAUGCAAGGCAGCAGAUAUUACAUUUUACACUUCGUCAUAUUUGGGAAAGUAAUUUUUCUGCACCUGUUCAUGAACUAUUACAAGAUUCCAAAACAAAAGUUCUGGAUGUUGGGUAA